AUGACUGAUGUCCGGAAAGCUGGCGGUGCUGCAGAUGCUUCCCGGUCGCGACGGCCACAGACUCUGACGAGAAAGUCAACUCCCCAGGCGCUGCACAAACUAGGCAAGAGCCCCAGGGACCGUGAAAGGGAAUGGGAAGAGCAGCAAUGGUCGGAGGAUGAGAGGGAGAGCUUCCCACAGUAUUGCAUGACUUGCGAGAAACAGUUCAUCGCGCAGGACGAGCGGUUUUUGUAUUGUUCUGAGGCCUGCCGGAGGCAUGAUCAAAAUGCGUCAUCAUCGCACUCAUCGGCUAGAAUGCAUGGCAGCCACCACAAUACUGGGAACCUAUCAUUCUAUGCCACCGGAAAGCCAGAGCCUCGAGAUAUCAUCCCGCGGGCCUCACCGUCUCGUCCUAGUUCGAAUUAUUUCUCACCUCCCACUACUCCCACUAGCUCUCAAUAUCCUAGUGCUGUCUCAGCUUUGAGGUCGUUGAGUCGGCGCCCUCCCAGUCCACCGUCGCCGGUGUCUACAAAUGCCAGCAUCUGGCCAUUCGCACGAAGCGCAGCCACAAGCCCUAGCUCCUCAUACACCCAACCGCCGAGUGUUUACCCUUCGACAUACGAUGGGGGUUAUCAGUACUCUGCUUACAAUUACACCGGCAGCAUGAUGACAUCAGAUCGGCCGCUACCCUCGAGGAAUCCCCCAGCCUAUUCCCGGCCGAAAAGCAUUGAGCUCGUGACCCCCAUGCUUAGCCGGUAUUAG